AUGCUAUCUGGCUUUGAAGAUAAAACAGCAUAUGCUUUGUGUACAUUUGCGUAUUCUGCUAAACCUGACACAGAUCCAAUAUUAUUUGAAGGGCGUACAAACGGAAAAAUUGUAUCUCCACGUGGUAUAAAAGACUUCGGAUGGGAUCCAAUUUUUCAACCUGAUGGAUUUGAUCUAACUUAUGCCGAGAUGUCUAAAGAAGUCAAGAAUUCAAUUUCACAUCGGUAUAAAGCCUUAGAUCAAUUGAGAGAUUUCCUCAUUAAUAACAGUAAUUAA